AAGUGUAGCUCGGGACUAGGUUUCUUGGCGGAGGGGUCCUAAUUCCACAGCCGUGUAGUUCGCUGUUGAGCUUCAGUCAGGCGGACUUGAGUUUGCCGCGACUGCAACAUUUCACUCUGGCAUGCGACUCUACCACCAUAAUAACAUACAAAUAUCCACUCAAUAACGACUGCAAUUGUUGGCUUUUUUUUAAUCCAGCGGGCGACACUUGUGGACACUGGAAGGACUAAACGGUACGCUUUAAAAAAAAAAAAAAAAUGUCAAUUUUGCCUUUCACUCCCCCCAUAGUCAAGAGACUUCUGGGCUGGAAGAAGGGAGAGCAGAACGGCCAAGAGGAGAAGUGGUGCGAGAAAGCCGUGAAAAGUCUUGUGAAGAAGCUGAAAAAGACGGGACAACUGGACGAGCUGGAGAAAGCCAUCACCACCCAGAACAUCAACACCAAAUGCAUCACUAUUCCAAGGUCUCUGGAUGGCCGCCUUCAGGUUUCCCACAGAAAAGGCCUGCCGCAUGUUAUCUACUGUCGCCUGUGGCGUUGGCCCGACCUGCAGUCCCACCAUGAGCUGCGAGCAGUGGAGCUGUGCGAAUACGCCUUUCACACAAAGAAGGACGAGGUGUGCGUCAACCCUUACCAUUACCAGAGAGUCGAGACCCCAGUCCUCCCUCCUGUGCUGGUGCCCAGACACACAGAGAUCCCGAGUGAGUUUCCACUUCUGGAUGACUACAGCCAUUCAAUCCCUGAAAACACCAACUUCCCUGCUGGCAUUGAACCCCAGAGCAACUACAUACCAGAAACGCCGCCACCAGGCUACCUCAGUGAGGAUGGCGAAACCAGCGAUCACCAGAUGACCCACAGCAUGGACACAGGUUCCCCAAACCUAUCGCCCAACCCUGUUUCCCCCACACACAAUAACCUGGAUCUCCAGCCUGUGACGUACUGCGAACCGGCCUUCUGGUGCUCAAUUUCCUAUUAUGAGCUCAACCAGCGGGUAGGAGAAACCUUCCACGCAUCACAGCCCUCCCUGACGGUAGACGGUUUCACAGACCCUUCCAACUCAGAGCGUUUCUGCCUGGGCCUCUUGUCCAACGUCAACCGCAAUGCUGCAGUGGAGCUAACAAGAAGACACAUUGGCCGCGGAGUUCGACUCUAUUAUAUCGGAGGAGAAGUCUUCGCUGAGUGUCUUAGUGACAGCGCCAUCUUUGUGCAGAGCCCCAACUGUAACCAGCGCUACGGCUGGCACCCUGCCACUGUCUGCAAGAUCCCACCAGGCUGUAAUUUAAAGAUCUUCAACAACCAGGAGUUUGCUGCCCUGCUGGCCCAAUCGGUCAACCAGGGCUUUGAGGCCGUGUACCAGCUCACCAGGAUGUGCACCAUUCGCAUGAGCUUUGUCAAGGGAUGGGGUGCAGAGUACAGGCGACAGACGGUGACCAGCACCCCCUGCUGGAUCGAGCUGCACCUAAACGGGCCCUUGCAAUGGCUGGACAAGGUGCUCACGCAAAUGGGCUCGCCCAGCAUCCGCUGCUCCAGCGUGUCCUAGGGAACCUCCUGCUCACAUGUAUGUCUGGGACUGAAAACACACAUCUUGUAUGCAAAAGUUGACCCUCGCAUUGUUUCCCCACCAGCUGUCAGUAGCACUUUUUAUACAUUUUAUAUGGCAAAAGGGGAGACGUGCAUUAAAGCAGGACCAUGCUAGUAUGAACUCUGCCUGUUGUUGAUGAUCUCAUGGCAUUUUUAUCACAUCUUCAGUUGGUGAACAGAAUGAGAGUGUGGUUCUUUUUCAGUUAAGAGAUUCAUAUUCAUGUUUUUAAAGAUCUUCAUGUUGUACAUACAGUAUGCAUUAACUGCAGCAAUUUGUGUCUUGAGCUCUCGUUAGUUGGCCCAUUUGAGGACUUGUGAACGCCAAGUACAGUGGAACCCGCUUAUGUCGACAGCUCGUCAAAUCCCGGGCUUCUUUCUUUUAAUUGUUACUGAAAAGUACCUGCUUAAGUCGAUGUUGACAUAGAUUCAUUGCUAUGAAAAAUCGACGGGUGUUGAUCAUGAUCAAAUGGCAGCAAGCAACCAUGGCUUAAUUCUGUCUCGCUUAUAGCAGCUUCCUGUACAGUGUAAGUUUAGAUUGUUUGUCGAAUCGUAGUCAAGUAAUGCAUUGGAAUUUUAACCAAUAUGGGUUGUACUUGUAUAGCGCUUUUCUACCUUCAAGGUACUCAAAGCGCUCUGACACUACUUCCACAUUUACCCAUUCACACACACAUUCACACACUGAUGGAGGGAGCUGCCAUGCAAGGCGCUAACCAGCACCGAUCAGGAGCAAGGGUGAAAUGUCUUACUCAGGACACAACGGACGUGACGAGGUUGGUACUAGGUGGGGAUUGAACCAGGGAGCCCCGGGUUGCGCACGGCUACUCUCCCACUGCGCCACGCCGUCCCUAAUAAUCAAUAAUAAUCAAUCAAUUCCUUUAUUGUCAUUGUCAUAAUAACACUCAAGUCAUACAUGCCAACAAGAUUUAGUUUGAGCUUUAUCUAGCGGCAUAGAAACAUGCAUACAGUUACAAUAAAGUACAUCCCAUAUUUACAGUUUCACAGUACAUAUGCAAAAAGGAGUUGGAACAAGCAGAGCAUAUAGAAUCUCGAACCUAUUUCUGUUUAGAAGCAAGUCAUAUUUGUAUAUUAACUCAAGAAUUAAAAAAAAGUGAAAUCACAAAAAUCCAAUCUCCUUAUGACUAAAAAAAAUCACUGGUUAAUUAAUUAUUUGAUAUUAUUAGUCAUUAAUUGCAAUUUAUGAAUUAUUUAUAGAAUAAAUCAUUAUUGAAUCAAUAAUAUUUGAUUAAUAAAGUAAAGUAAGAAAUAAUAUAUAUCAUUAUUAGUAAAUAAUUGUAUUAACAAAUAUUUUUUUAUUUUGGUUAUGUCGGCAGCCAAGGAUGUCUACAACCACUAAUUUCAGCGUAUGUCAGCUCAGAAAGCCGUCGACAAAAACGGUUUACACUGCUGGAAUUCGUGUUUCAAAGUCACAUGUUAAUGAUUUAUUAAUCAUUCAUCAAGUUUUGACUUUGAAAAUGUUGAAUUGUUAAAUGACAUAAAUAUUGAAUAAAUAAAUGAUUAAGUAUUACUACACUAUUUGAUUGGUAAUCAAAAAUUAAUUAUUGGUUUAUUAAUUAUUCAUUGUAUUCAAAUUAUUUUUGAUUUUGGUUAUGUCAACAACUGCUUAUGUCGACGUCAACAGGUUUCACUACUUGAACCAGUUUUAAUCCAGUAACUUGUGACUUUGGAAAUUGAAAUGAAUGAAUUGAUUCCAAAAUCAAUUAUGAACAAAUAAUUGAUAUACGAGCAGUAUGUAUCCAUCCAACCAUCCAUUUUCUACCGCUUAUUCCCUUUGGGGUUGCAGGGGGCGCUGGUGCCUAUCUCAGCUACAACCGAGCGGAAGGCGGGGUACACCCCAGACAAGUUGCCACCUCAACCUACUCAGUGGCCUAGUGGUUAGAGUGUCCGCCUCGAGAUCGGUAGGUUGUGAGUUCGAAUCACGGCCGAGUCAUACCAAAGACUAUACAAAAUGGGACCCAUUACCUCCCUGCUUGGCACUCAGCAUCAAGGGGUUGGAAUUGGGGGUUAAAUCACCAAAAAUGCCCCCACCUCCCAGGGGGUGAUCAAGGGUGAUGGGUCAAAUGCAGAGAAUAAUUUCGCCACACCUAGUCCCUGACUACUCAGGACCUUCGUAUUGUGAGGCAGACGCACAAACCCCUCUGCCACCGUGAAGCCCGAGCAGUAUAUAAUUUAUUAAAUAUGAUUUCAUUGUUAAUUAUUAAUUUUAUUUUUCCAACGAUAGUCACUCACACACUAGGUGUGGUGAAAUGCAUUUGACCCAUCCCCAUGUGCACCCAAUGGGAGGUGAGGGGAGCAGUGAGCAGCAGCAGUCGGAAAUAAUGUUGGUGAUUUAACCCCCAAUUCCAACCCUUGAUGCUGAGUGCCAAGAAGGGAGACAAUGUGUCCCAUUUACAUGGUCUUUGGUAUGACUCGCCGGGGUUUGAACUCACGACCUUCUAGCAGGUCUUUUACAAAUUAUUUCUAACUUUGGUUAUGUCGACAACCGCCUAUGUCAAUGUUUGUCAGCUAGUCCGAGGAGCGUCGCUAUAAACAUGUUCCACUGCUGGUUUCACAAUUCCUACUGUGGCCCUGAAAAAAAAAAGAGCCGUUCUCUAGACCCGACUGUUUGAUAAACACAAAGAGCUCACUGUUUAUUGUUUAUUGUUUACAGCUCAUCUGCCGCCUGCGUGAGUGUUUGUGUGUGAGUGUGUGAUUACCAAACCUCACUUCCUCCCUUCAAUAUAAAGCACAAAAGAGUCCGCUCCUCCUCCGUCAGGACUGGUUAAGUCGUCAUGGUGCAUCAGGAGGAGACCAGCGUUGACGUGAGUGAGUAGUCAGCAUGUUAGCGACAUCCACGCUGAAAGAAAGCAUCUAACUUGUUCAAGUGUAAUAAUGAGGAAACUUUUUAUCAAUGCUUCAACUCUCAGGACUGUAAAAAAAACAAAAACAGCUUAAUAGUACACAGAAAGAAGAGUAAAAACUGAUCUAUGUUUAUAAAGUUUUUCAUAAAAGGAAGCAUGUAAAUAACAGUAGCUACUCCAAAUCUUUUUUUUUAGUAUUUAGUUUAUAUUGCAUUUUAUAAUUAUGACCCUUUCUAAUGUUGAUGUUUGGAAGGAUGGAUGAUGAAAGAACCUCUGGUUUUCUUCUAAAACAAAAGUACUCCAGUAUCUGAAUAUAUUCCUAUUAUGUUCAUUGUUUGAAUGAAGCUAGCUUUUUGGUGCCCACUGAUGCUAAUAUUUAACAUUGUUGGGACAAAAGAGCACUGACUUCACUUUUUAAUCCCCAGAACUUCAAUUUGUUUCAGAAAAGUAGUAUCUACCAAUCUGAGAUGUGACACUGAAAGCCACAGUCCCUAAGUUAGGGGGUCCAAAGUCCAUCCCAGGAAACUGUUGCAUGCCCACAAUAUAUAGUUGUUUGUUUUACCAACAACUUGUUAGUUUUUGUUAGCCUGCUGCUUUUUGUUGUUGAAACAAACAUUAUGCAUGGCUGGCCCACAUCAGAAAAACAAUUCAGAAGUCCCUGAUUUGGAUUUUCAAAAAAUAUAUAUAUACACAUAUAUAUACACCACUGCACAUCAAACAAUCUACAAUUGUUAUUAAAAAAUAAUAGUGAUUAUUUGAUGUUUUUAAAUUAUAGAUGAGAAAACCAAAAACAAAAAAAAUAUGCAUCUUAAAAGUAAGAAUUUUUUUUAAAUGUGUAUUCGUUCCAGUAGUUCCUUUCAAAAAAGUGAAACCUUUUACAUGGUAUAAAUUCACUGGACAGAGUGAAAUCAUUCAAGAAUGUAUUUCUUUAUUAUUUUAAUAGGCUUAUAUCUAAUAAAAAAUGUAUCUCAUGAAAUGUGUGAAAAUGCCCAAAAUAAAUGCAAUAUUGUUUUACUCUAGUUUAAGCUCCAAUUUAAAAAAAUACUCACAUUUAUUGAAAUAAAUGACUUAAUUUUUUUGUAAUUUCUAAUCCAACAAAAUCCUUGCUAAUGUGAUUUUAAUUUGGGAAAUAGUUAAAAGUAAUUAUAAGUAUACAUGUAAAGAGUGGCUUAUCUUUAAAUAAUCUUGGGGGUUGUAACACAAAAUAGUGUAUAACAUUCGGAAAAUUAGGAAAUGUUUUAAUUUAUAACAAUUUUGGAUUAAAGAUAAAGAAACAUGUUUUGGUCCAUCUCUCUUUAUCUAUAUGUAUAUUUAUGUAUAUAUAUAUAUAUAUAUAUAUAUAUAUAUAUAUAUAUAUAUAUAUAUAUAUAUAUAUAUACAUACAUACUGUAUGUAUAUAUGUAUCCAAAUAUAUAUAAUAUUUGGAUGAUUGGGAAUUUUUUAAUAAUAUAUUUUAGUUUGAAAAUAGCGAAAAUUUGUUGGCCAAUAUAUUUAUACAGUUUUUGGAUAGGAAUAAAAAAUUUGGAAUUUACGGUUUAUUUAAUCAUUUAAUUAUUUAAAAACGUAAGAAAAAUGUUUUAGCCUAUAUAGUUAUACAGUAUUUGGAUAAUCAGGAAAUUUAUCAAAACAGGUUUGAGAUUUAAUUAAAAAAAUCGAUAUAUAUAAAUAUAGAUAUGUAUACAUUAUUUGGAUGGUCAAAAAUGUUUUUUAUACAAAUUUUAAAUUUAUAUAAAAUAAAAAAGAGGAACAUGUUUUGGCGUAUACAUAUACAUUCAUAUAGUAUUUUGAUAAUCAGAAAAAGUAACAAUACAAGUUGUAAAUUUUAAGAAGGCAUUAAGAAAAAUAUUUUACACAUAAAAACACACAUUUUGGGCAAUAUAUGUAUACAUAUAUAUAUUUAGGAAUAAUAAAGAAAUGUUUCAAUAAAUACAUUUUGGAAUAAAAAUUAAGAAAAAUUAUUUGGCCUACAAAUAAAUAUAUUUUAGAUAAUUAAGAAAUAUUUUAAUCAACCCAUUUUGAAUAUAAAAAUAUUGCUCUAUUUAUUUAUACUGUACAUAAUUUGGAUAACCAGGAACUAUAUUAAUUCACAUUUGAAAUACAUAAAACUGCAAUUGGCUUUUUUUCCAAAUAGUUCCGGUAAAUAUAUUUGACUGCCAUCCAUUGUAUUGUUUUGAGUGUGUUUAUAAACACCGAUAUGAAGACUAGCCAAGUACUUCUUUCAUUCUUUUUCAUGCGGCUCCUUGGUGUAAAAAGUUUGGACCCUCUGCCUUAAGGGCUCUUAUUAGACCCCUGUAGUAACCUCACAGCGCUUACACUUCUCCAAGCUCUUGUCAUCUUUAUUGGUUUUGUUUUGUGCUUAUGUGUGAAUUGUUCAUUUUAGAUGUCUGAUAUACACUUGUCUUUUAUGUUUUCUGUCUAUUUGUUUGGUCUAUGAAAUAAAAAAUAAUAAUAUCUUUUGA